UUACAGGGGGUAAAAGUACCGCGCGGAGUUUGAGUUGUGUCUGUCUGAAGAAUAACUUUAAAAAGUUUUUGUUUAUCGCGAUCUACGAUGUCUGGAAAUGAAGAUCAGACCUCACAUUCGGCCGUUAGUCGUCCACGAAAAGUACUGAGGAAAAGACAAAGUCGCGAUGAUAUUUUUUCCUACAGAGGGAAAAUGGCAUUGUCAUUUAAAGCAAAACAAGUGAAAUUGCAAGACUCUGACAGCUCCGGGUCAGAUGAUGACGAAGCUUUUCACAGAAUGCACACAGCGCAAUACACCAAAAGCGAUUCUUCUGAUUUAAAGAACAGUGACAGCGAAGAUGACUUGUGGGUUACAAAGGAAAUGUCUGUUGAAGAAAUAAACAGCUCAGAAAAUGACAUCAAGGAAACAUAUUUCAGAAGAUCACCAACACCACCCCCUGCAUGGUCUCCAGAACUUUCUGAGGCCACAAAGAUGAGGAUUAACUUGCGUCAAAAUAAGAAGCUUAAGGAACUUGACAUUGUAUUAGACUCACUCAAAAGAUCAACCAAGACAAACUGGGCGUCACCUGACAGUCAACUGUCAAGCAGUGUGAUUUGUGAAAGUGACAGUGAUGGGUUUCCAAGUCCAUCAGAACGGGAUGUUGCUGUUAAAGUUAGAACAAGAUCAGGAAUAAAAAGAUUCACCACAAAGGCUGCAGAACCAUUUGGUAAGAUCAUAUCUCAGCUUGCUCAACUGGAAGGUGUAUCAGAAGAUAAAAUCAUGUUAAGUCUGGCAGAUAUCAACAUCUUGGGUUAUGAUACACCCAUUUCCAUUCACCUCAGUGUAGCAGACAUCAUUGAAUGUGUAGUUAUAGAUAAACCAAUACUGCCAGACAGUGUGGAAGAAGAUGAAAAUUCAAUUGAGAUCAAAGUUCAAGGCAAAGAACCUGACUCAAAGAAAACAUUUAGAAUAUUAAAGACCGACCAGUUAGAGAAACUUAUGACAGCUUACUGCGAAUACAGAAAACUUCCACGUUCAAGAAUUAAAUUCCUCUUUGAUGGAGAGGAUCUGAAAGGAGGCGAAACACCUGAACAGUUGGACAUGGAACACGAGGAUGUGAUUGAUGUCCAAGUCAAGUAGCUUUAAAGCAACAGAACAAAAAGGUGGUAGCUCAUCAACGCCAUAUCGUUCGUUAUUUUUUUCCAGUUGGUUUGGGUCUUUCUUUCAGUGACCUAGUUAAGUAUUUUCAAGUGUAUAUCUGUUUGUGUUGUUGAUAAGAAUUCUUUGAUGCAAUGCUGAAACAACAGUUUGGUGUGAAAUGCUUCCUUUUAAGAAAGUCAAUCGAACUUCUUUUCUCUUUCGUGACUUCUUGUUGAGCAAACCACAUCUUACCUGUCUUCAAGUAAUUAAGUAAUUAACCACAACCAAAAAAGCAGGGUAGUUUUGGAAUAUAAACUUCAUGGAACUGUGAGCCUGAUCAGGUUACGAAGUCACUUCGUUUCCUCUUCUUAAAAAGAAAAAAAGAAUUUAAUCCUUAAACUUCUGUGACGGCAAAAAUUUUUUCCAUGGACUGGAUCCUCUGCUGGCAGAGAUCCUGAUGAACGAUUGCCAAGAUUACAAGGACUGUGUAAGUUUCCCUAGCAAGAAAACAUUUUGGGAUAGUAACGCACUCGAAAAGAUUGCUUGAUCACCUCAAAAACAUCUGGUUUCGAGUCAAUCAUAUUGCGUCUUUGGGUGAAUCUAGAACUGUCUUCAAGCUGAGUCAGAUUCAUCAUUCUCAGUGUCCAGUCGUGCACUGUCUGUAAUUAAUAAUCGAGAUACCAACACUUGUAAGGCGGAUGAAAUUAAAAAAUCUUUCAUUCUAAACACAC